AUGGUCCAAGGCGACGAGAAAGACCGAGUUGUGAUUAACGUCGGGGGGAUCCGACACCAGACCUACCGCAGCACCUUGCGCACUCUGCCGGGGACGCGCUUGGCCUGGCUCGCCGAGCCCGACGCCCACAGUCACUUCGACUACGACGCCCAUGGCGACGAGUUUUUCUUCGACCGACACCCGGGCGUCUUUGCGCACAUCCUUAAUUACUACCGCACAGGGAAGCUGCACUGCCCGGCGGACGUGUGCGGCCCGCUUUAUGAGGAGGAGCUCGCCUUCUGGGGCAUCGACGAGACGGACGUGGAGCCGUGCUGCUGGAUGACUUACCGACAGCACCGCGAAGCCGAGGAAGCCCUGGACAGUUUCGGCGGCGGGCCUGCCGACAUGGGCAACGACGAGGUGGAUGGAGACGGUCUGGGCGAACCUGGGGACGGCGACGACGAGUUGGAAAUGACCAAGAGGCUCGCGCUUGGGGACACGACCGAUACCAAAACGGCUGGACUGUGGCAACGAUGGCAACGACGCGUGUGGGCGCUCUUCGAGGACCCUUACUCUUCUAAAUAUGCAAGGUGGGUGGCGUUUGCCUCUCUGUUCUUCAUCCUGGUGUCUAUAACCACAUUCUGCCUGGAGACACAUGAGGCCUUCAACCCCAUCAUCAACCGCACGGAUGUUGACCCGCAGGACAACAUCACACGAGUCUACCAGGAGACUGAGACCGAGGUCUAUCUCACUUACAUCGAGGGCGUGUGCGUGGUAUGGUUUACCUUCGAGUUCCUCAUGCGCAUCACCUUCUGUCCCGACAAAAAAAAGUUCAUCAAAAACACCCUCAACAUUAUCGAUUUUGUGGCCAUCCUGCCUUUCUACUUAGAGGUGGGUCUAAGCGGCUUGUCCUCCAAAGAGGCUAAAGAUGUGCUCGGGUUUCUGCGUGUGGUCCGAUUUGUGCGCAUUCUCCGAAUCUUUAAACUCACGCGGCACUUUGUAGGCCUACGUGUGCUUGGGCAUACACUCCGUGCCAGCACCAACGAGUUCCUCCUUCUCAUCAUCUUCCUUGCUCUUGGAGUGCUUAUCUUUGCCACUAUGAUCUACUAUGCUGAGCGCAUUGGGGCCAAGCCUAAUGAUCCCCGCGCCAGCGAGCAUACGCACUUCAAGAACAUCCCCAUCGGGUUUUGGUGGGCCGUGGUCACUAUGACUACUCUGGGUUAUGGAGACAUGUACCCACAGACGUGGUCGGGCAUGCUGGUGGGUGCGCUGUGUGCCCUGGCUGGCGUGCUCACCAUUGCCAUGCCCGUCCCGGUCAUCGUCAAUAACUUUGGGAUGUACUACUCGCUGGCUAUGGCAAAGCAAAAACUACCAAAGAAAAAGAACAAGCACAUCCCACGUGCCCCACAUCUGGGCUCUCCAAAUUUCUGUAAGUCAGGCACGAACUCGCCCCACCACAGCACACAGAGUGACACAUGCCCGCUGGCUGCCCAGGACGAGGUUUUAGAAAUGAACCGAGCAGAUCCCAAACUGAACGGCGAGGCGGCUAAGGCAGCGCUGGCCAAUGAAGACUGUCCACACAUAGACCAGGCCAUUUCUCCUGAGGACGGCCAGAUUUUUAGCCCCUGCGAACCACGCGGGGAAACUCCAUGUUUCCUUCUAAAUAUGACCGGCCGAGCCACACACCCUGGCGCCAGAGUGAGGAAAGCUGGAACAUUCUCAGGAAGGGCAGGGGGGGAGCUGGCCGGUCCCACGCUAGGCUACCCGCUGUUACAGCUAGGGUGGACCCACAGCCAGGAGGAUGGCCAUGCCAGAGUCACCACCUGA